UCACCAUUGCUGAAAAUGGCGUCGACUCUUGCUCUUGGGCUGGGCGUGGCUACGGCAGCUUUUCUGGGCCGCGCUGGUUUCGUCGCAUUCCGUCGCUACAAGGGAGGAGUGAAUAGCAUGGGAAAGGCUUUCUACAAAGGAGGAUUUGAACCGCGAAUGAACCGCCGGGAAGCCUCGCUAAUUCUAGAACUUCCAGAACGCACUCUGAACAAGGACAAGGUUCGCAAGAAGCACCGCCAGCUGAUGCUGCUCAACCACCCGGAUCGUGGUGGCAGUCCGUAUCUGGCCACGAAGAUCAACGAAGCCAAGGAAUUCCUCGACAAGCAACUCUAGUUCUUGAAUUCCACCAGUGAAUCGAGAUGGAGAUGGAGAUGGAGGAGAAACCGGGAGACCCGGGGGUCUCACAUUCUGUAUAAAAUACUGUCUUUGGUGCAUAGCGUGGCGUUGGUGGGUUUGGAGGAUGGGGAUAGAUACCAUUCUCGUCCCGGAGGAGAUUUGUAUUAUACUAUUAUUCUGGGAAAUCGCCGCUCUGAAUGUAAUCUCAUCAAUUAAACUCGACCCCAAAAAAAAAAAAAAGAAAAAGAAAAAAGAACAUUCUGACUGCAUUCGGAGGAUUACCCACUCCUGACAAUCUAUCUGAUCUUAUCUU